AUGAUGCACCAUUCGCCCAGAAGGAGUCCCCGACUAAACGAGGGACAGAAUAUCGCAACGCAAGUAGAUGGCAGCGCUUCGGCCCCGCAACCUAGUGUAGGGGCGUCGCAAGCCGGCGGCCGAGGCAGUGAAGCCCCGGCGUCAUCAGCGCAGCUGGCAGCAUCUGGAGCCACCAGGAAACCGAAGGUGGCCGACCUCAUGGAUAGGAUCGCCGAGUUGGAGAAGGAGUUGGAACGCGCUCGCAGCGCUAAUAUGGAACGCACUGACCCCGUUAUGUUGAGUGAGGUUGGGGUAGGUCAGCCGCCAUUUGCAAUCGGCCUGACCGUACCCAACGCGACAAGUGUUUAUCAUGCGGCGUCAGAGAGACCGCCAUCCUGGAGCGGAUCUCAAACGGUACCGUGUACCACGAGGAUUAAUCAAGCAUCGCCAUUUUGCGUUACCGGCACUACUGUUCCAGCGCAUGGUUUCGGGCUACUGAAUGAAGUGGCCGGUGGAACAUCGGUACGUGCGCCUUCUCCUGGAGACGGUGCUUGGGCGACGAGCAUUGGAGGAACUGCACGCUGGGCGCCACGAAAGCUUCCUGAACUGCCUACGUUAGAAGGGAAGCCAGAGGACUGGCCCAUUUUCUACUGCGCGUUUACGGAGACGACGCAAGCGUAUGGUUGUACGGACUUGGAGAACAACCAAAGGCUACUGAAGGCGUUAAAGGACGACGCGCGUGAGACGGUGAAGUCGUUGUUGAUUCACCCCAGCAAUGCGAAUACAGCGGUGGAGCAGCUGCGAUUCAGAUACGGCCGACCGGAGCAACUAAUACGCAGCCAGCUCAACAGCAUUCGAGAUGUGCCUGCAAUUACGGAGCACAACCUGGGAAAGCUCGUCGCAUUCGCCACCCAUGUCAGCAACCUCAAGGCUUUCCUACAGUCAGCGAAGACGGAGCAGCACCUGGGUAACCCUAUGCUGAUGGAAGAACUUGUGGCCAAGCUCCCAAUAAGCAAACGAGUGGACUGGGCAAGGCACGCUGCAACUAUUCAGCCCUAUCCGACGAUUGUGGACUUCAGUUCGUGGUUGAUGGAACUAGCCAACGUGGUCUGCGUGGUGGCGGACAUUGAUGGAAAGGAGCCAAGGCGUCGAUUGCUUCAUGCCAGCGUCGACCGAGAGCAGGACGAGCAACAGGAGAGCUGCCGCAAUUGUCCAAUUUGUGAAGGCCUUGGACAACAUGCAGUUCGGGACUGCCAACGAUUUAUUGCAGCCACACCUACAGAGAGGUGGAGACUUGCAAGAAGACAUCGCCUAUGCUUCAUGUGCUUGCAAAGCGGGCAUAUGACUGGAUCCUGCGCUGCGUCAGGAGAGUGCCGCGUGAAUGGAUGCAGGAGGAAGCAUCACCGUCUUCUUCAUGAGGCAAACAAUGAAGGCUUCAGGAGACCGCCACAGCGAGGCGGCAAUUGGAGAGGCUACAACCGGCAGGCAGCCGGACCGAGGGAAGGCGUCCAAGUGAAUGAAGGAGCAGCCUCAUCCGUGGAUGCCUCUGCGACGCCGGAGAGAAAUUUGAGCUGUGUCGACGAGGACCGAGAACGACUUCUGUUCCGUGUAUUGCCGGUGACGCUAUACGGAGGUGGGAAGCAGGUGGAUACGUACGCUCUUCUGGAUGAAGGUUCUUCGGUGACGAUGGUCGCAGAGCUAGGCGUACAAGGAGUACGUCGUCAGCUGAACGUUCAAUGGUUCGGAGGCAGGGCCACAAGAGAGCCUACUAACGUGGUACGUCUGGAGGUCAGUGGAGCAGGCAAGUCCUCCCGACAUGUGCUGCGAAACGUCUAUGCCAUCUCGAACUUGAGUCUGCCGAUGCAGAGCCUGCACAGAAGGGAUGUUAGGAGCGUGAACAAGGACGCUCGAUUACCAAUGAAACCCUACGUAAACGGUUUGCCAGCCACGUCGUUGGAUGAUAACGUGGAACGGCUCGUCGAGGACUACUUCGAGAUCGAGAACUUCGGUGUGAAGGCGGCGCCAGCGGCCGCACCCAGCGACGACGUGAGGGCUCAGGCGAUCUUGGAGGAUACUACGGUGCGAGCUGGCCGCCGAUACCAGACGGGAUUAUUGUGGAAAACGGAUAACAUUGUGCUGCCACGUAGUUAUGAUAUGGUGUACAAUAGAUUGGUCAACAUCGAGAAGAAAAUAAAGCGAGAUGGGCAGUUCGCCCAAGAAUAUUCACGGAUUGUUAAUGAUUAUGUCGACAAAGGAUACGCUCGGCGUCUGGAACGACAGGAGAUCGAUUCGGGAAGCGAUAGAACAUGGUACUUGCCGCAUUUUGGAGUGGAGAAUCCCAACAAGCCAGGGAAGAUCCGAUUAGUAUUCGACGCAGCGGCACGAGUUGGAGGAGUAUCACUGAAUUCUGCGCUGAGCAAGGGGCCGCAACACUAUAAAGCCUUGGCAUCUAUCCUCUUCCAUUUUAGGGAAGGUGCCGUCGGAGUCUGCAGCGACAUUAAGGAGAUGUUUCACCAGGUGCUGAUCCGACCCGAGGAUAUCGGGUCUGGAUAUACCCUGGAUUCGGAUCCCAGAGCAGUCAAAGCCAUCGUGGACUACCACUACGUGGACGACUAUGUGGACAGCUUUGCCACAGAGAGCGAAGCUAUCGAGGUAUCUAACAGAGUGAAGAAGAUACAUGCAGAAGGCGGUUUUGAGCUCUGCAAGUUUUCGUCCAGUUCGCCUACAGUGGAGAGGAUGCUUGGACCCAGUGAUCACGCCCAGAGUAUUGGAUGGGGUGAGGCCGAGCAAAAGAUUUUGGGAAUGCGGUGGCAGCCAGCCACGGACGACUUCAGGUUUAGAGUGAAGUACCACAAAGUCGCCCCCGUCGUGUCCGAUGGGAAGAGAAUUGCCACAAAAAGGGAAUUCUUGAGUAUGCUCAUGUCAACGUUCGACCACUUGGGAUUCCUGUGUUGUCUAAUGAUAACAGCGAAGUUGUUGCUGCGAGAGGUCUGGAGGAGGAAGAUCUCAUGGGAUGAACCACUACCGGCUGAGAUGUACAACGCCUUUAUGGAUUGGCGUAAAGAGAUGGAGAAAGUGGAACGUUUUCGGAGCCCACGUCACUACUUUGGAUCCGGACUGGUGAGGACUAUCGAGAUGCACGUAUUUGUUGAUGCGAUUCAGUCGGUAUGA